GUCCUGCAACAGUGUGCAGGCCUGACGGAAAAGAUUCCAUACUGUGACAGUGUGGCGGGUUAGUAGCAAAUACUGUGCAGUGUGCAGUACACUACAGUCAGCGACUUUGCUACAGUACUCAGUCGACGAAGAUUCGAGUUUUCACUUUUCCGUAAUAAUUUUGUUUUCGUUUUCCACACUUUAGUAACCCAAGUGAAUCUGUUGGUGUUAAUUGUCAGAUUAUUGACGAACGCAUAUAGUUUUCUCUUUGUUUUUAAUCCUGAUUUUGCAUCAGCCUCUCGAAAUGAAUAUAAGAUGUGCACAGGUGGCGGAUUUAAUGAAUAUGCAACACUGCAAUCUCUUGUGUUUACCGGAGAAUUACCAACUAAAAUACUACAUGUACCACGGUUUGUCGUGGCCACAGCUGUCCUAUAUUGCCGAAGAUGAUAAACAGCGUAUAGUUGGUUAUGUUCUGGCCAAGAUGGAAGAAGACGACGACGAACCCCACGGACACAUCACCAGUCUGGCUGUGCAGCGGGAAUAUCGACGUCUGGGAUUAGCGCAGAAGCUGAUGAACCAAACCGCCCGCGCCAUGGUGGAAAUUUACAAUUGUCGUUAUGUCAGCCUGCACGUGCGCGUGUCCAACCGGGCGGCGUACCAUCUCUACUCAGUUGUUUUGGGCUUCAAGACAACUGAAACUGAACCGAAAUACUACGCCGACGGCGAGGACGCGUACGCGAUGCGUCGGGAUUUAGUUGACUGGGCACGCCAACUGGAUAUCAAGCCGCCGCAUCCCGUAAAGUUUUUUCAAGUUGACCGCCGUCAUCGUCGGCAGGGCAAAGAGAAUCAGUCUGCUCCAGCGGCAGCUAUCGAAGCCGCGCCGUCGGUGCAGGCGGUGACGGAUGACGUCUCCCGGAUGCAAGUGACUGACGCCGCUGACACUGAUCAGCACAAAGAUUCUGCUGCUGCUGGAGGAAAAACUGCAGAGGCAUCCAAAGAAAACACCACUGCUUCAGAUCAACCGAGUGCGACGAAGAAGAAACACAAGAAACGAAAAUAAUAUGCAACCCCUAGUCCGUAUGAAAUCGGUAUAUUUAACCUGUUUCUUACUACGUGGUUGUUAACCAAGUAAUUUGCUUUUUUUAUAACAAACUGGUUAGCCAUUUGCUGAUUUAUUUCGUUAGAUCGAUUUAUUUAGUAAAAAGAAAGUAGACAAAUUUAAGGACAAUUUAGCUUUACGCACUGUAUUGAACGGUAGUACACACAGAAGAAGAACCCAUAAAAUAAA